CCUUCCCCUGUCCGUUGCCUUCAGAUGUACAGGUACCACCCAAACACCCUUCCCCUGUCCGUUGCCUUCAGAUGUACAGGUACCACCCAAACACCCUUCCCCUGUCCGUUGCCUUCAGAUGUACAGGUACCACCCAAACACCCUUCCCCUGUCCGUUGCCUUCAGAUGUACAGGUACCACCCAAACACCCUUCCCCUGUCCGUUGCCUUCUGAUGUACAGGUACCACCCAAACACCCUUCCCCUGUCCGUUGCCUUCAGAUGUACAGGUACCACCCAAACACCCUUCCCCUGUCCGUUGCCUUCAGAUGUACAGGUACCACCCAAACACCCUUCCCCUGUCCGUUGCCUUCAGAUGUACAGGUACCACCCAAACACCCUUCCCCUGUCCGUUGCCUUCAGAUGUACAGGUACCACCCAAACACCCUUCCCCUGUCCGUUGCCUUCAGAUGUACAGGUACCACCCAAACACCCUUCCCUUCCCCUGUCCGUUGCCUUCAGAUGUACAGGUACCACCCAAACACCCUUCCCCUGUCCGUUGCCUUCAGAUGUACAGGUACCACCCUUCCCUUCCCCUGUCCGUUGCCUUCAGAUGUACAGGUACCACCCAAACACCCUUCCCCUGUCCGUUGCCUUCAGAUGUACAGGUACCACCCAAACACCCUUCCCCUGUCCGUUGCCUUCAGAUGUACAGGUACCACCCAAACACCCUUCCCCUGUCCGUUGCCUUCAGAUGUACAGGUACCACCCAAACACCCUUCCCCUGUCCGUUGCCUUCAGAUGUACAGGUACCACCCAAACACCCUUCCCCUGUCCGUUGCCUUCAGAUGUACAGGUACCACCCAAACACCCUUCCCCUGUCCGUUGCCUUCAGAUGUACAGGUACCACCCAAACACCCUUCCCCUGUCCGUUGCCUUCAGAUGUACAGGUACCACCCAAACACUCUUCCCCUGUCCGUUGCCUUCCCCUCUCUGGAAAUAUUUAAAUUGACAACGUGCUUUAUGAUAUGA